AUGCUAAAAUGGGAGUCCAAAACAAUAAUUCUGAAACAAUGGCGAGAAAGUUUUCACACAUUCAGGUUUUUCUUUAGAAAAUUUCCGUGUACUUUCCAUCUCUCUCUCUCUAUUUAUCUGUCUCUCUCUCUAUUUAUCUGUCUCUCUCUCUCUAUUUAUAUGUCUGUCUCUCUCUCUCUAUUUAUAUGUCUGUCUCUCUCUCUCUAUUUAUAUGUCUGUCUCUCUCUCUCUAUUUAUAUGUCUGUCUCUCUCUCUCUAUUUAUAUGUCUGUCUCUCUCUCUCUAUUUAUAUGUCUGUCUCUCUCUCUCUAUUUAUAUGUCUCUCUCUCUCUCUCUAUUUGUCUGUCUCUCUCUCUCUCUCUUUUAUGUCUGUCUCUCUCUCUCUCUUUUAUGUCUGUCUCUCUCUAUUUUAUCUGUCUCUCUCUCUCUCUCUAUUUAUGUCUGUCUCUCUCUCUCUCUAUUUCUGUCUGUCUCUCUCUCUCUCUAUUUCUGUCUGUCUCUCUCUCUCUAUUUCUGUCUGUCUCUCUCUCUCUCUUUUUCUGUCUGUCUGUGUCUCUCUAUUUAUCUGUCUGUCUGUGUCUCUCUCUAUUUAUCUGUCUGUCUGUGUCUCUCUCUAUUUAUUUCUGUCUGUCUGUGUCUCUCUAUUUAUCUGUCUGUCUGUGUCUCUCUAUUUAUCUGUCUGUCUGUGUCUCUCUAUUUAUCUGUCUCUUUGUGUCUCUCUAUUUAUCUGUCUCUUUGUGUCUCUCUAUUUAUCUGUCUCUUUGUGUCUCUCUAUUUAUCUGUCUCUUUUUAUCUCUCUCUAUUUAUCUGUCUCUUUAUUGUCUCUCUAUUUAUCUGUCUCUAUUUUCUGUCUCUCUAUUUAUCUGUCUCUUUGUUUAUCUGUCUCUUUAUUUAUCUUUGUGUCUCUCUAUUUAUCUGUCUCUAUUUAUCUGUCUCUAUUUAUCUGUCUCUUUAUUUAUCUUUCUCUGUUUUUCUGUCUCUCUAUUUAUCUGUCUCUUUUUAUCUCUCUAUUUAUCUGUCUCUUUGUUUCUAUUUAUCUGUCUAUUUAUCUGUCUCUCUAUUUAUCUGUCUCUUUGUGUCUCUCUAUUUAUCUGUCUCUUUGUGUCUCUCUAUUUAUCUGUCUCUCUAUUUAUCUGUCUCUCUAUUUAUCUGUCUCUCUAUUUAUCUGUCUCUCUAUUUAUCUGUCUCUCUAUUUAUCUGUCUCUUUAUGUGUCUCUAUUUAUCUGUCUAUUUGUCUGUCUCUCUAUUUAUCUGUCUCUUUCUGUUUAUCUAUUUCUCUCUAUUUUUCUGUCUCUCUAUUUAUCUGUCUAUUUAUCUGUCUCUCUAUUUAUCUGUCUCUCUGUCUCUCUAUUUCUCUGUCUCUUUGUCUCUCUCUAUUUAUCUGUCUCUCUCUCUCUCUCUCUUCUCUCUCUCUUUGUGUCUCUCUAUUUAUCUGUCUCUCUAUUUAUCUGUCUCUCUAUUUAUCUGUCUCUCUAUUUAUCUGUCUCUCUAUUUAUCUGUCUCUCUAUUUAUCUGUCUCUCUAUUUAUCUGUCUCUCUAUUUAUCUGUCUCUCUAUUUAUCUGUCUCUCUAUUUAUCUGUCUCUAUUUUCUGUCUCUCUAUUUAUCUGUCUCUCUAUUUGUCUCUUUUGUCUCUCUGUGUCUCUUUGUCUCUCUGUGUCUCUUUGUCUCUCUGUGUCUCUUUGUCUCUCUGUGUCUCUUUGUCUCUCUGUGUCUCUAUUUGUCUCUCUGUAUUUAUUUGUCUCUCUGUUUAUCUGUCUCUCUGUUUCUCUGUCUCUCUAUUUAUCUGUCUCUCUAUUUCUCUGUCUCUCUAUUUAUCUGUCUCUCUUUUUCUCUGUGUCUCUUUUUCUCUCUGUGUCUCUUUCUCUCUCUGUGUCUCUUUAUCAUUUUCCUUGUUCUCUUUAUUCACUAAAUCUACGUAUACAGUCACGUACGACAGAAACGCACACGUAG